AUGAAGAUUGGCACCCAGAUACAAGUAGUAACAGAGUUAAAAACGGAGCAAGAUCCCAACUGCUCUGAACCUGAUGUGGAAGGAGUGAGCCCACCCCCUGUGGGGUCCCAGACACCGAUGGAUGCAGACAAGCAGGCCAUUUAUAGGCAUCCACUCUUUCCAUUAUUAGCUUUGUUGUUUGAAAAAUGUGAGCAAUCCACGCAGGGCUCAGAAGGUACAACUUCUGCCAGUUUUGAUGUGGACAUUGAAAAUUUUGUAAGGAAGCAAGAGAAGGAAGGAAAACCCUUCUUUUGUGAAGAUCCAGAAACUGACAAUUUAAUGGUCAAAGCAAUCCAGGUUUUGCGUAUUCAUCUUCUUGAGCUGGAAAAGGUUAAUGAACUCUGCAAAGAUUUCUGCAGUCGAUAUAUUGCUUGUCUAAAAACGAAGAUGAACAGUGAAACUCUCUUAAGUGGAGAACCUGGAAGCCCGUACUCCCCUGUCCAGUCCCAGCAGAUUCAAAGUGCCAUCACAGGCACUCUCAGCCCCCAAGGAAUUGUGGUGCCUGCAUCCGCGCUGCAACAGGGGAAUGUAACUAUGGCAACAGUGGCAGGUGGCACAGUUUAUCAGCCUGUUACAGUUGUCACUCCUCAAGGCCAAGUAGUGACACAGGCGUUGUCACCUGGGACAAUCAGGAUUCAGAACUCCCAGCUUCAGUUACAGUUAAACCAAGAUUUGAGCAUCUUGCAUCAAGAUGAUGGCUCAUCCAAGAACAAGAGGGGCGUUCUGCCAAAGCAUGCCACCAGUGUGAUGCGAUCCUGGCUCUUUCAGCACAUAGGGCAUCCCUACCCAACAGAAGAUGAGAAAAAACAGAUUGCUGCUCAGACAAAUUUGACACUACUCCAAGUUAACAACUGGUUCAUCAAUGCUAGAAGACGAAUUCUUCAGCCGAUGUUGGAUUCCAGUUGUUCAGAAACUCCAAAAACAAAGAAGAAAACUGCGCAGAACAGACCGGUGCAGAGGUUUUGGCCGGACUCCAUCGCAUCCGGAGCCUCACAGCCACCGCCUAGUGAGCUCGCCAUGCCGGAAGGAGCUGUUGUGACGAUCACCACGCCCGUGAGCAUGAACGUGGACAGCCUCCAGUCCCUGUCCUCAGACGGCGCCACCCUGGCCGUGCAGCAGGUCAUGAUGGCGGAGCAGAGUGAGGACGAGUCCGUGGACAGCCCCGGGGCUGGCGGGGCCGCGCUCACCCCAACCCACAUCAGCGGGCUGGUUCUGGAGAACAGCGACUCCCUGCAGUAG